AGCUCUAUUAUUUGAACUCUCGUAAGCUUUCUUCUACUGCUCCGUCGGUGUCCGUCGCGUGAAGAGUUCGCCCGCCCUGCGAGGAGAGUGCUAUUAACGGGCUACGCCUUGUCACACGUCUUCCCGGACCGAUUGCUGAACCGUCCCGCUCUCCAACUCAGCACUGCCCUCGAUGGCGGCCACGUCUCCCCACCCCCCUGGAUCCCCACAUACCGUGGACGAUUCAGGUGUCCUCGUCGACUGCGAGCCAAUCCUCUCAGGCUACAGGCACCACGACUUCCCUGAUCUCUCCUCACGGCGCUUCGCACCUGAUGCGCUUCAGUCAAUCUCGCAACCUUUGGACCUGACCGUUGUGCACCACAAAGCCUUUUCCUUUGCCGCGGUUGUCGCAGCUACCGCACGCGUCCUUGGAGCCUACUGUGGUUGUCAAGACGUUCUCCUCGGUAUUUUGGCUACUCCGGGAGACAAGAUCCUUCCCGUGAGAGUGACAUGGGACGAGUCGCAGACAUGGGAGGACGUCACUGCUGCAAUCAGCGAGGCUAUCGCAGAUCCCUGUAGGCCCCAGCUACAUCCUGAUCUUCUUCGAGGUGCGCUCGAUUUGAGUGCGAAGCAAUCCCCCGCUUUAGCUCUUGUCAGUGCCGGCGUUCUCCCACCACCCAGCCUCGGUAGUUCCUUUCCCAUUACACUCGUCGUCGGCCAAGAGAGUUCUGAUUUGUCGGUCACCGCCUCGGAACGUAUCGUCCAUCGCUCGCAAUGCACUCUCAUUCUGUCGCAGGUCAUCGCGCUGGCCACACAUGCCGUCUCAAAUCCGCAAUCCUCUGUGGCUGCCCUCCCCCAAUUGCCCUCUGCUUUACUGUCGUCGAAUGACAGACAAUCAUUCGAAGAGCGGCUUUCCACAUAUCACUUGGUGCCGCCGACGAGGUUCGCGAUGGACCAUGUCACGCUACGAGCAGCCGAACGGCCAGAUGGCAUCGCCGUGCGUUGGUUCGCCGACCUCUCAACGGACGUUCCUCUCUCUACGUUCGUCCCGGAGACUAUCACGAAUCUUGAACUCGAGGAGAAAGCGAACCAGUUGGGUCGCUGGCUGCUCAAAAUUGGGCUUCAGAAAGGGCGCUCCGUCGCUAUCUGCAUGAAGCGGGAUAUUAUGUUCCACAUCGCGUUCAUAGGCGUUCUUCGGGCUGGCGGGUGCUACGUUCCCAUCGACGCCGAGCUUCCCGCGGAGAGGCAGCAAUUCAUCGCUAAAGACUCCGAGGCACAAUUUAUUCUCUCGACUUCGGAUAUGCCCUGCUUCUCUCUUCUUGGAAAUAUCGCGAUCGACGUCAAAGAUUCUGCUGUGCAGGAAGCAAUCGAGCAGCAAAGUGCGGAAGCGCUUUUGGUGCCCGAGCUAGACGACUUGUCGUACAUUCUGUAUACAUCUGGGACGACGGGGACACCCAAGGGUUGUAUCCUUACUCACCGUGGCCUUAGUGAGGCUAUUUGGGCCUUGAGUCAGUUUUGCGCCUCGGCGGAGCUCUCUCUUACUGGGCGAGUCAAUUACCUGUCCAUUGCAUCCGUUGCGUUCGACGUGCAUAUCGCCGAGAUCAUGGUGGCUCUUGCGGUCGGCAUCCCUAUCCUAUCUGCGCCACGUUCUCUUCUCCUAGAGGAUCUCCCGUACUACGUCACUCAUUUGCGCGUUUCACACAUGGGCAUUGUUCCAAGUCUCAUCGAGGCGACAAUGGGAGCGGUGCAAGAAACCGAGGACUCCGGGAUCAGUACAUCACUGCGCUAUAUUGCUAGUGGAGGUGAGAAGAUGAGCGAUGCGAUUCUUGACAAGUGGGCAUCCCAUCCUACAGUCCGCUUGGCCAAUUUCUACGGACCGAGCGAAGUGACCAUUGGUUGCGCUGCACGCAUGAUGGACAAGGACACACCCAGGGGGAACAUUGGACUCCCGUUCGCUAACGUUGCCGCCUUCGUUGUCGACGAGAACAUGAACAUUGUGCUUCGCGGCGGAAUUGGCGAGCUUGUCGUCGAAGGUCCCCUCGUGGGGUGUGGAUACGUCGGUCGUCCGGACCUCACGCAGAAGGCCUUCCUGAAGUUCCCGGAUGACGGUACUGACCGUUGGGCUUACCGGACCGGGGAUCUCGUGCGUAUGAUGGCGGAUGGAACCUUGGAAAUCAUCGGUCGCAUUGACACCCAGAUCAAGCUCCGCGGCGUGCGUAUCGAGUCGGAAGGUAUCUCGUCGAUAAUUCGCAGCGCCGCUGCUCCCAGCCGUACUCUCGACGUCAUGACCAUCCUCGCAAAGCAUCCUGCUAUCGGUGUCGACCAGCUGGCCUCAUUCAUUGCCUGGGAUACUUCGGUCCCUGUUGGCAUCCGCAAGGGAGGGAAGCCUUCUCUCACGUCCUCACCACCAGGUUUACUGCAGUCGCUCCGAGGCGCUUGCGAGCGUGAGCUCGCGAGCUAUAUGCGACCCAGCCACAUCAUACCUCUGACCUUCAUACCUCUGAGCUCGAAUGGAAAGGCCGAUGCAAAGGUUCUUACGGCCCUCUUCUUGAGCCUGGACUUGGACGCUCUGACUGGCCUCAUGGAUGAGGAAUCGUCUUCUCCAACGUCCGAAGAUGGCCACAACAAGCUCACCGAGAUGGAACAGAGGGUCGCCGAGAUCCUAGGAUCUCACGUCAAGGUCCCCCUUGACCGCGUCGGUCCACGCACGAACCUAUUUGAGCUCGGCCUGGAUUCCCUAGCUGUCACACGAUUUGCUGCUGAUCUCCGGAGGGCGUUCAAUGUCAUUGUCUCCCCAGCGCGGGUCAUGCAGUCUCCCGCCGUCAGUAGCAUAGCUACUCUCAUAGACAGCGACAAGUCGGGAUCUUGCCCGAACAAUGCGACGUCGUAUAUCUCCCAGUUCGUUGCUUCGAUCAAGGAGGAAGUGGUCGCAGCGUAUGCGCCAGAUGCGAUAGCUUCCAUCUUGCCGCCAUUCCCUGUGCAAGAAGGCAUCCUCUAUCGAUCCGCGAACGCGCCCACGAUGUACGUUCAGCAUGUCCUGAUGCGGCUAACGCCAGACGCAUCUGUGUCAUGUCUGCGGCGUGCCUGGGGCAACCUCAUAACACGACACGAGAUGCUACGUACCGUGUUCCACUUCGGGACGGAUCUGGUACAAGUCGUCCUUCGAGCCGAGACCUGUCCUCCACGAAUAGUGGGGAAAGAUGUGCCCGACUUCAACGAUGCCAGCUUCCAAGGAUACUUCUACGAACACGAAGCCUCCAUAGUCGCUCGUGAUCUGAACACUAGCAUCUCCAUUGUUCCUCCCGUUCGGUUAACCUUGUUCACGAACUCCGCAUCAUGUACAGUAUACGCUGCCCUAUCCAUCCACCACGCCUUGUACGAUGGGAUAUCUCUGCCUGUUCUCCUGCAGGAUCUGGAGCGCGAAUACAUUCAUCAACCUCAGCUGCCCUCCGCGAGUCUCCAGCAAGCGCUCGAGCACAUCACACUCACCGACCAGGAAGGAGCACGAACGUUCUGGACGUCGUACCUCAAAGACUAUCCAUGGGAGAGAUUGUUAAACAAGACGGCCUCCUCUGCUGUGGCCUCCGUUGUGUCGGUGCCAUUCGUAUCCUCGCUGUCAGAGCUCCAGAUGAAGGCUGCCCGACAGCAGGUCACGCUCCAGGCUCUUCUCAUGGGCGCAUAUGGUUCACUCCUUGCGCAGCAUCUCUAUGACCAUGACGAUGUGGUGUUUGGAGUCAUCCGUACUGGAAGAACGCUCCCAAUAGACAACAUAGAGACCACCAUCUGUCCGAUGAUUACCGUCGUUCCGGCGCGUGUGCGGCUUGCCGCUUCAUCCGAGGCGUUACAAAAUAUCCAGCGCGACAUUGCUCGUGUCAACGAGUACGAACACGUCCCUCUCAGUCGCAUCCAGAAAUGGACGACGGGCGGCGAUCGGUCUCUGUUCGACACGCUGUUUUCCGUUUCAUUCACGGCGAAGGGAGCCAGCAAGCUGUGGAGCGUCCUGGAAAGUCGGAAUCCAGAACCCGACUACAUACUAGCAGUAGAGAUCGUCCUAGAUCCCGAACAAGACACAGCGGUCGUCCACGCGGCUUACACGUCAUCAGACAUCUCGUCCGCAUUGGUUGUUGACAUAUUGCGCCAUCUGGAGGACACAGCGGUGCGCAUAGCGGAAACCAGCGAGUGGAGCCUAUGCUCGUCUCGCACGAGCCUUGCGUCCCCCAUGCGACAAGGAACAUCGGACGCUCCUCGUGAGGAUCCUGUCGACCCGACGGACAUCGACCAGCACUUGGUAUCGAAGAUCUGUGAUAUUGCGUCGCAAUUUCUCCGUGUGGACAUCGGCUUCGUGAAGGCGACAACGUCACUCUUGUCUCUCGGGCUAGAUUCCAUCAAGUCCGUAGGCCUUAGCCGCAAACUGUCGGCGGAAGGUAUGGAACUUUCGUCCGCUGAUAUCAUGAGGUUGUCUACUCCUCUGCGUCUUGCGGCGCUUAUUCAACGGACAACGUCCUCCGACCUGCCGACAGACCGCGUCUCCGACGCAUGGUUUGUGGCUGAAUGCGACAGAUUAGCCGAGGCACUGAAUUCGGAGAGAAUCAAGCUUUCUGCGGACGACAAUGUCCAGGUCUACCCUAUCAGCAUACUACAAGCGGGAAUGUUGUCUCAGACAAUCAGCUCUUGCGGACGCCUAUAUGUACAUCUCUUUCCCUUUAGCCUGUCUAUGGAUGUCGACAUCGUACGGCUGCGAGAUGCGUGGAAGAAGGCGAUUGCCACAUUCGAUAUAUUGCGAACAUCUUUCCAUUUUCUUCCAAGUGCGGGAGUGUGGUCGCAGGUUGUACACUCAAGCGCACCCUUCCCGUGGUUGGAGUCGCAAUACGACCCUGAGGCGAAUCUCACCCAGUCCCUCAAUCCCUUCCUGAAGUUCACAGACGAGCGCGACUUCUUCCGUCAACCACCCAUUAUGCUGCACCUGCUCAAGGGUACUUCUCCCGACUAUGGCCACCGACUAGUCCUUGUUCUGCACCACGCCUUGUACGACGGACUUGCCAUCGCACGGUUGUUUGACGCCGUCAAGGAGGUGUACUGUGGUUUGCAGCUGCCUGCAGCCAUACAGUACCACCAAAUGCUUCCUCGCCUGCUGUGGCAGGAGAAGAAUGGCGCGUCUUUCUGGGUCAAGCAUCUUCGAGACCUUCGUGUCGCACGCAUCACUCGCAAGCCAUCUUGUACAGCGGACACCUCUGUCCAUCAAGUCUCCCUGCCAGUGCGUGUUGCACGGGCAGAGAUACACCAAGCUUGCCGCCACGCAGAAAUUACACCUCAAUGCAUCGGACAGGCUGCAUUCGCUAAGUUGCUAUCUGCGCUGACUCACUGUCGAGAUGUCAUCUUCGGCCGCGUCGUGUCUGGUCGCGACUCUCCCGGAGCCGAAGAGGUGAUCGGCCCAAUGCUGAACACGGUGCCGUGUCGGGUUCUCCUCCAGGAUAGUGUCACAAACAGGACCCUCCUGAAGCGGAUUCACGACGCCAACGUUGCUUCUAUGCCUUGGCAGCACGCGUCAUUACGCGCUAUGCAGAAGGAGCUUCGAGUGUCCAGCCUUUGGGAUGGUCUGUUUGUGUUCCAACCUAGCCAGGAGUCCCUUGAGCCCGUGGAGAACUCGCCAUGGACUUUCGAUGCUGGCGAUGUCGAAGACAUCUUCGUCCAGUAUCCCCUCAACGUCGAGCUUCACGAGACAGACGCUGGCUUCGUGGUAAAGGCUGCGUGCACCUCCGAUAUCGUUGAUGCGCCCGGAUUGCGAACACUCGUAGAGCGAUAUGCGGCGUUCCUCUGCGACAUCAUUCGAUGUCCAGAUGAGCCGUGGUCUAUAGGCAUCCCUGAGACUGCUUCGGAAGUCCCGGCUACCAAGACUAUCAUAGUAUCCAAGGAUGCUCGAAAAGAACCUCAAGUAUGGAAUAGCCGCUUCGAUCCCUUCCGAGAGUUGUUGUCUACGACGACAAAGGCCCCUUCCUCCAAGAUCUUCGCCAGUACCAGUCUCACUGCCCUUGGCAUCGACUCCAUCACUGCCGUCCAGAUAGUUGCCAAAGCCAGACGACUUGGUUUCCGUCUGACCGCCGCGGAGAUCGUUCGGAGCAGGACAGUAGGCGAUCUCUUACUGAAGAUUGAGAAGGCAGGGGACCCGCCCCCAAAUGGCGUUGUCGAGGAAGCGUCUGUGGACGUAUCGCGUGCACGUUGGUCGACAAUACUACCUCCUUACGUUCUCGACCUCGUGGAGAGGGUCACAAUCGCCUCUCCUGGUAUGGAGUGGAUGAUCGGCAUGUGGCAACGGAGCAAAGGGUCUCGUUUCCAGCACGUCUUCGCCUAUCGCGUCGCUUUCGACGUUGAGCCCAGGAUGCUACAAGAUGCAUGGAACAGGCUCUUAUGCAGGCAUGCUAUCCUACGUUCAACCUUCGCCUACGACAAGGACGUCGGCGCACCUCGGGUCGUCGUUUUCAAAGCCGAAGCGCUCCACUCAUCGUGGUUCGAAGACUUACUACCUGCCUCAGCCGACUCGUUGGUCACAGUGCAAGAGCGGAUGAAGGCACUUGUAUCGAAUCCCCCUUCCGUCGAUCGUCCUAUCACUCGCGCAGUGUUUAUGCAAUCCCCUGAGGAGCGCUAUCUUCUGAUCCAUCUCCACCACUUCCAGUACGAUGCCUGGAGCCUGCCCUUACUCAUCGAAGACCUCCUACGCCUCUACGCGAGCGAGCACCCGACGAGUUCGAACGACCUAGACAGCUUUCUUCAAACUGUCAUUCCUCAGCCGCAGGCGACCCAAGAGCGACGGACAUACUGGGAGGCCGCGUUAUCCCACACAAAUAUUCCGGGUCUAUUCCCUUCGUUAUGCAAUCAAUCCAACUCGCGCGUGCGGUCGGUCUACACAGAUUACGCUGCGAUCUCGGGGGCCGCGGAGCUCGACAAACGUGCACGCAACGCCGCAAUCUCCCUCCAGAGCAUAUUCCUUGCAAGUUGGGCGCAGGUCCACGGAAGGCAUACUGCGUCCGACAGCGUGGCCUUCUCCCUGUGGCAUUCUGGGAGAACCGCAGACGUCAAGAACAUCGAGCGCCUCGCAGCACCCUGUAUCAACGUCCUCCCUUUCACAGUGUACAGGACGCGGGAUGACGAUACAGUGCUCAUCGCAAGACGGAUUCAGGAUGGUUUACAGGCACGUUCGACUGCCAUCGAACAAAGCCGACUCGUUGAUGUCCACGAGUGGGGCGCCGUCGGCCUCAAACCACUUACCAAUGUAUUCGUAAAUAUCAUCAAGGUCGCUCCUGACGUGGAGAGAACAAAUCAAGCACCCUUAGAACCUAUACAGAUGCCUUACUACAUACCCGAGGUGUCCAACGAGUUGGUAGGGAGCACCAUGCGUGUGACCGAGUUGAUUCAGGAUGAUAUCAUGAUUGACAUUAUCGUGGACGAAGCUGCGGAUAAGAUUGUCAUGUCGAUCGAAUUUGCGGGGACUGUCCUAGACACGUCCAGCGCGAGAUCGUUGCUGGAGGGAUGGGCGACGGGAGUUAGAACCGCACUGGAGAUUGAACAAUAGAAUGCAAAUGGUAGCAGAAAUAGCCUUACAUUGUUGUACUUGUCACCGUUACUCUCGACCCAUCCUAGCCACCUCUAAACAUUCCUUCUCCAGACCUUUGAGCCAAAUCA